UCUUAGUGUCAUGGCGGCACUUUCGCGUGGUAUUUUGCGUGAAUUUUGAUCUCUUUUUAAACUUCUUUUGCGGAAUCAAAACAGCUAUGACACACUUUUGUACGUUUUUACGUAUCAAAACAUUACAUAAUCAGUUAAGGUAUUUGGAUCGAUUGACAGAAUUUUCUAGAUAUAAAGCCAGCAUUUCUCUUGUGUAUCAUAAAUCAACGUGGUCAAAGUAUGAGACUUUUAAAGGUGCACAGCAUCCUCCUCCGUUAUUUUGUCAAACGAGAACGGCUGGCCACAGUAAAUGGCAAAAUAUAAGACACAUCAAAGCAGCUAAAGAUUUGGAAAAAUCGAAAAUUGCCCAAAAAAUUUAUCUUCAAGUGAAGAAAGCUGUGAUUGAGGCCGGACCAAAUCCUAAAUAUAAUUCUAAAUUACAGCAAUUGCUUGAUUUGGCUAAGGAUAACAGUAUACCAAAAGCAACUGUAGAUAAAGCUAUCAACAAAGCAUUAAAUACAAAACUGACUACUGCACAUUUUGAAAUAUUGGGACCUGGUGGAAGUUUUUUCAUAGUUGAAGUUGAAACUGAUAACAUGUCAAAUACUACUCAUGAAAUAAGAGGAAUUUGUCGAAAAAAUGGAGUUGCAACUGUUCCAGAAGGAAGAGUAAAAUCACAAUUUGAAACAAAGGGAGUGAUUAUAGUGUCAGAAACAAAUGAUAAUUCAACCUUAGACCAUGCUGCUGCAGUAGAUUUAGCAAUAGAAGCAGGAGCUGAAGAUGUUCAAGAAAGCACUGAUGAAAAUAAUAAAAAGAUAUUAAAGCUUGAUAAUGCUAAUGUAGAAUAUAUACCAAGAAUCAGAGUAACAUUGAGUGAUGAACUAUUGGAAGUGGCUGGAAAAUUAUGUACUAUGUUAGAAGAAUUACCAGAAGUUAUAAAUAUAUAUGAUAAUAUAGAAUAAUGCAGAGUGUUUUGUUGUAGUUCAGUUAUAGAAAAUAAAGACAUUUACAACCAUUC